GGUGGUCGAGUAUGGCACGGACGUCGUCUUUGAGUCGCAAGUCGCGCAAGUCGGUGAGCAAGUCGCGCAAGUCGGCGAGCAAGUCGCGCAAGUCGGCGAGCAAGUCGAGCAAGUCGCGCAAGUCGGCGAGCAAGUCGCGCAAGUCGGUGAGCAAGUCGCGCAAGUCGGCGAGCAAGUCGCGCAAGUCGGCGAGCAAGUCGCGCAAGAAGCGACGGACAAGAUCAUCAUCGUCAUCAGCGUCGUCAGCGUCGUCAGCGUCGCCAGCGUCAUCGACAUCAGCGUCAUCGUCGGGAGGUUGGGGUAGAAAGAUCGGAGCUGGUGCGUCGAGUGCAAAGACCAAGGCGGGCAAAGUAGUGGCAGUGGCAAAGUCGGGCGGGCGCAAGACGGGCAAGGUGGGCAAGAAGGGGACUGGCCACUUGGUUAACGUGGUGGAGAAGGCUGGCGAGGGCGUGCUGGACGAUGUGCGUGAUGUCAAGAAGAUGUACGCGUCCAAGGAGUUCAGAGCUUUUAUCCGCAACCCCACGCCCGAAGCCAUCAUGGCGAAUCCCGAGUAUGUUAUCGUGACUGCCAAGCUCCUGCUCGCCAUCAACCACCCCGAGGGCGCCAUCCUCGCCGCCGUUGUCGAGCACCUGGUCGAAGCCUCUGAGGAAGAGCUUCUGGAGGCGUCGCGCAAAGACUGCAACCCUCGACGACGACGUCUCCAACUCUGGGUACUCAUCGAGCGAUGA